GGGGCGGGGACAGGGCGGGGCCAGACCUGCACCGGGCCAGGCAAGAUGGCGGCCAUGGAGACCGAGACGGCGCCGCUGACCCUGGAGUCGCUGCCCACCGAUCCCCUGCUCCUCAUCUUAUCCUUUUUGGACUAUCGGGACCUAAUCAACUGUUGUUAUGUCAGUCGAAGACUUAGCCAGCUAUCAAGUCAUGAUCCGCUGUGGAGAAGACAUUGCAAAAAAUACUGGCUGAUAUCUGAGGAAGAGAAAACACAGAAGAAUCAGUGUUGGAAAUCUCUCUUCAUAGAUACUUACUCUGAUGUAGGAAGAUACAUUGACCAUUAUGCUGCUAUUAAAAAGGCCUGGGAUGAUCUCAAGAAAUAUUUGGAGCCCAGGUGUCCUCGGAUGGUUUUAUCUCUGAAAGAGGGUGCUCGAGAGGAAGACCUCGAUGCUGUGGAAGCGCAGAUUGGCUGCAAGCUUCCUGACGAUUAUCGAUGUUCAUACCGAAUUCACAAUGGACAGAAGUUAGUGGUUCCUGGGUUAUUGGGAAGCAUGGCACUGUCUAAUCACUAUCGUUCUGAAGAUUUGUUAGACGUCGAUACAGCUGCCGGAGGAUUCCAGCAGAGACAGGGACUGAAAUACUGUCUCCCUUUAACUUUUUGCAUACAUACUGGUUUGAGUCAGUACAUAGCAGUGGAAGCUGCAGAGGGCCGAAACAAAAAUGAAGUUUUCUACCAAUGUCCAGACCAAAUGGCUCGAAAUCCAGCUGCUAUUGACAUGUUUAUUAUAGGUGCUACUUUUACUGACUGGUUUACCUCUUAUGUCAAAAAUGUUGUAUCAGGUGGCUUCCCCAUCAUCAGAGACCAAAUUUUCAGAUAUGUUCACGAUCCAGAGUGUGUAGCAACAACUGGGGAUAUUACUGUGUCAGUUUCCACAUCGUUUCUGCCAGAACUUAGCUCUGUACAUCCACCCCACUAUUUCUUCACAUACCGAAUCAGGAUUGAAAUGUCAAAAGAUGCACUUCCUGAGAAGGCCUGUCAGUUGGACAGUCGCUAUUGGAGAAUAACAAAUGCUAAGGGUGACGUGGAAGAAGUUCAAGGACCUGGAGUAGUUGGUGAAUUUCCAAUCAUCAGCCCAGGUCGGGUAUAUGAAUACACAAGCUGUACCACAUUCUCUACAACAUCAGGAUACAUGGAAGGAUAUUAUACCUUCCAUUUUCUUUACUUUAAAGACAAGAUCUUUAAUGUUGCCAUUCCCCGAUUCCAUAUGGCAUGUCCAACAUUCAGGGUGUCUAUAGCCCGAUUGGGUUACCUUAUGACAAGUGUAACAGUAACUCCAACCUUAGAGACUAUAACAUGAUUAAAGAAAAUUAUGAAGCUCCAGUUAUACAAUGGGGAUAAAAUAUGAAUUAUAUACCCAGAAUGCAAUUGAGUUGUAGGUGUUGAAUCUUUGGAAAAUGCCCUCGAGCUUCUGGAAUGACCCUGAUGGAUGGGUAUAAGUUUGGAAAGAUGGACAUGAUAUUAAUCUGACCCAGAGCUGACACAUUUUCAACUCCAGUUUGAAAAGAGAAGGAUGAUAAUGUGACUUUGGGCCAUUACCUGUGUGGCAUAUCUAGUGAAAAGAAUCUACAGUGUGCAUUUGGAAGUGAAGAUUUAGCUUUCUUCCCAGUGGAGGAAUGCCAGAAACUGUAUUUCCAGUACUGGGAAUUUGCUACUUCGCGUAACAGAAUUCCUUUUUUGACUGGCCCAGUAUCUGUAUGAGUUUGGAAUAAUCUUAUCCUUAAAUGUUUGAUAUGAUUCAUCAGUGAAGUUAUCUGGGGCUAGAGUUCUGUUUGUGGGAAAAUUUUGAAAUUUGAAUUUAAUUUCUUUAAUAUUCAUAUUUUCUAUUUCCUCUUGUUUCAGUUUUGAUAAUUUGUGCCUUUCAAGGAAUUUGUCCAUUCCAUCUAAAUGUUGAAUUUAUUGGUAUAAAGUUAUUGACAGUUUUCCCUUGAUAUCCUUUUAAUGGCUACAAAAGCCAUAGUCACAUGUCCUCUUUUGUUCUUAGUAUUGUUAAUUUAUAUCUUCUCUUUUGUUCAUUGCUUUAGUUAGGAGUUUGUAAUUUUUAUUGAUCAUUUAAAGGAGCAACUUUUGGUUUUACUAAUUAUCUCUAUUUGCUUAUUUUCUAUCGCAUUGAUUUCUGCAGUUAUCUUUAUUUCUUUCCUUCUACUUUGAGUUUAAUUUGCUUUUCUUCUAGCUUUUUUAAGGUAGAAGUUUAUAUUAGUAAUUUUAGACCUUCUCUCUCCAAGCACGUUUUAGCUGCAUUUCACGAGUUUUGAUGUGUUUUCAUGAACAUGUAGUUCAAAAUAGUGUUAGAUUUCCCUUGUAAUUUAAUUUUGAUCUAUGACUUUUCUAGAAAUGUGUUAAUUUUCAAACAUUUGGGGAGUUUUCAGUUAUCUUUUGGCUAUUGAUUCUUUAAAUUUAUUGCGGUUAGAGAAUUUGCUCUGUAUUUUCAAUUCUAAAUAAUGGCCCAAAAUUAUGGUUUAUCUUGGUAAAUUAUCCUUGUAUAUUUGAAAAUAAUGUACAUUCUGCUAUUUUGGGGAAUAUUAUUCUAUAAAUGAUAGGUCAAAUUGGUUGACAGUUUUUUUCAAGUCUUCUGUGUACUUGCUGAUUUUUUUUUUUUGGUCUUGUCCUAUCAACAAGUGAGAGAUGAUUGUUGAAAUCUCCAAAUAUAAUUAUAGUUUUUUGUUUCUCUUUUUAGUUCUGUCAGGUUUGCUUCAUGUAUUUUGAAGCUGUAUAAUUAUAUGCAAAUAUGCUAAGGAUUAUUAUGUAUUUUUAAUGACAUGAUUCUUUCAUCGUUAUGAAAUCUCCGUCUUUAUCGCUGAUAAUAUUCCUUGUCCUAAAGUUCAAAGAGCAUUGAGGUUUGUUUUGGCAGGCAGUUGAGUUACUAUUGGGUUGACUUGAUCCUUUGGAAUCUUGUUUGUUUUUAAUGUUUGUUAGGGUGGGAGUAAAGUAGUCUUUAUUUAAGGACGGUGGUUGUCAACUUUCACUCUCAUGACCCCUUGAAACUCUAAAAACUUAUUGAGAACUCCGAAGAAUUCUUGCUUAUGUGGAUUGUAUUAACACUGACCAUAUCAGAAAUUAAAACUGAGAAAGUUUUACAAUAUUUACUUAUUAGUUCCUUUUCAAAUGACAAUAAUAAACCCAUUUCAUGUUCAGCUCUCUCUUAACUAUGUUCUUUCUUAUUAGUUUUCGUUUCCUUCUAACCACAAAUAAACAUAUAAAAUCUUGACCUGCCUUGUGGAAAAUGUUUUCUCUCAAGGAUGAGAAAUAAAAUGAGAAUUCUGGACUUACUUCUUAUCACAUUAAAAAAGCCAUGGGGGUUGUAUUUGUUGACCUUUCCUGUUUGUAUAUUAGUUUCCUGAUAUGGAGGAUUGUUCUGCUUUUUCGUCCUCUACCAGUCUGAUUAAUUCGUAGGCUUAACACUUCCUUUUUCUUUCUCCUUGGAAUGCCUCUUGGAAUAUGCAUUAGUUGGUCUUAUGUCUUUUCUUGGUCUAGGUGGUGUGUGUGUUUGGCUUGUUUGGGGCACUUUUAGAGGCUCCAGCUGCACAUUUCCACUCCUCUCUGUGUGUUCCUCUCUGCAUCUGCUGUUUGUAUGUGUACACUUUUUUUCUGAGCAAUCUUUCUCCUUAGCCACAUUGAGUUCUUUAACAGUUUUUCUGUUUUCUUCUUCAUUAAGAUAAUUAAUAAUCAUAAUACUCAGAUAUCAUGUUUUAGAAUUUCCUAAGACUUUCCCUUUCUCACCUUUUGGACCUCCUAACUGAAUUUCAGUCUUCAUUCCUUAGAUUAAAAAAAUAAAUCCAAAGAUAAAAGAAUGUAAUGUCUUAUAAGUCGUAUCAGUGUAUAUUUUCUCUGUUGUUGUUGUUAGUGUUAUAAUAAAUCCUAAGUGACACAA